GUGGGGAGGGCCGGUCCCCGGCCGUGUAUUCAUUUCUGAAGUCAUCAUGGCGGUCAGUGCGACAUUAAAAGAGCACCCCUACGCCCAUCUAAUCGACACGUUAAAAGAUGGCAUCAAGUUCUUCAACCCCCGUAAAUUAGGCGACCCAAGAUACGACAAACUGCCUCUGUCCAUCCGGAUCUUACUGGAGGCGGCGAUCCGUAGCUGCGAUGGCUUCUACACCAGAGAGAGGGACGUGCAGAACAUCCUGGACUGGCAGCAGCAGCAGGAGAAGGCAGAAGUGCCGUUCUCUCCAGCGCGAGUCCUCCUCCAGGACUUCACGGGAAUUCCUGCUAUGGUGGACCUGGCAGCCAUGAGGGACGCUGUGGCCAAACAUGGCCUGGACCCUAAUCUAGUUAACCCUAAAUGCCCCACGGACCUUAUCAUAGACCACUCUCUACAAAUCGAUUACAGUAAAUGCGCCAUUCGGAACGCUCCAAACCCAGGUGGAGGGGAGGGGCCAAACCCCAGCCAGCCUUCUCGUCCAGCUCCGGCCAGGCCUCCGUCCAGAGGGGUUUCCCACUGUGGGACCCAGCGGGGCUCCUGCAGUAAAGCCUCCUGCAGCGACCCCCCCAGCGCCUCAGGCCGUCCUGCAUCUGUCCAGCAGAUUGAAAACACUCCCCUCCUGUGCCCCUUCCACCUGCAGCCUGUUUCUGAAGUUGAAACGGCUUUGAAGAACCAGGAAAUGGAGCUUCAACGAAACAAAGAGAGACUUCAUUUUUUCAAGUGGUGUUCUAAAGCUUUCAAAAGUGUGAACGUUAUUCCUCCGGACAUCGGAACCGUCCACCAGGUGAAUCUGGAGUACUUGUCCAGGGUGGUCCAGGUGAGCGGUGGUCUGAUGUACCCCGACAGUGUGGUGGGCACCGACUCUCACACCACCAUGAUCAAUGGCCUGGGCGUCCUUGGAUGGGGGGUCGGAGGAAUUGAGUCUGAAGCGGUGAUGCUGGGGCAACCGGUGUCGCUGACCCUACCUCAGGUGGUGGGCUGUAAGCUGGUGGGCUCCAUCAACCCCCUGGCCACCUCUAUCGACAUCGUCCUCGGCAUCACAAAGCAACUGCGCCAGGCUGGAAUUUCUGGGAGGUUCGUUGAGUUUUUUGGACCGGGUGUGUCCCAGUUAUCAGCUCCUGACCGAACCACCAUCGCCAACAUGUGUCCAGAAUACAACGCUACCAUCAGUUUCUUCCCCGUCGAUCACAUAACACUGAAGCACUUUAAAAAGACGAAUUUCACAGAGGAAAAACUUGAAUUGUUGGAGUCUUACAUGAAGGCUGUAAAUCUUUUCCGAAGCUAUGAAGAAUCAGAAGAUCCUCAGUUCUCCCAGGUGAUUGAGAUCAACCUGAGCUCCAUGGUUCCACAUGUGAGUGGCCCCAAAAGACCCCAGGACAGAGUGGCGGUCAGCAGCAUGAAGGAGGACUUCCAGAGCUGUCUGAAUGAGAAGGUGGGAUUCAAAGGCUUCCACAUCUCCAAGGACAAGCAGGACAUCCGCGUCCCUUUUCUGCACUGUGGUCAGGAGUACCAGCUGGCUCACGGCUCAGUGGUCAUCGCCGCCGUCAUCAGCUGCACCAACAACUGCAACCCGUCCGUCAUGCUCACUGCAGGGCUUCUGGCCAAAAAGGCGGUGGAAGCUGGGCUGGUGGUCAAGCCCUACAUCCGGACCAGCCUGGCUCCUGGCAGCGGCAUGGUCACCCACUACCUCAAUGCCAGUGGAGUCCUGCCUUACUUCAACCAGCUGGGGUUCGAGGUGAUCGGGUAUGGCUGCGCCACCUGUGUGGGGAACACGGCACCGUUACCAGACGCUGUGGUCGACGCCAUCAGAAAGGGGGAUCUGGUGGCUUGUGGUGUAUUGUCUGGCAACAGGCACUUUGAAGGCCGCCUGUGUGACUGUGUGCGAGCCAACUAUCUGGCCUCCCCCCCUCUGGUGGUUGCUUAUGCCAUGGCGGGGACUGUGGGAAUCGACUUUGAGAAAGAGCCUCUUGGUUGGACUUCAGAGGGUAAGGAGGUGUAUCUCGGUGACAUUUGGCCGUCCAGAGAGGAGGUCCAACAGAUCGAGGAGGAUACAGUCAUCUCCUCCAUCUUUAAGGAUCUCAGGACGAGGAUGGAGAAAGAGAACACCUAUUGGAACCAGAUUGAAUGUCCAGACUCUGUGCUUUUCCCAUGGGAUCCCAGAUCCACAUACAUCCGCUGUCCUCCGUUCUUCAGCAAACUGAGUAAAGAAGUUCCUGCUCCGCAGUCGAUUGAAAACGCCCAUGUCUUGCUUUUCCUUGGGGACAAGGUCACCACCGACCACAUCUCGCCAGCAGGCAGCAUUGCCAGGGUCAGCGCCGCUGCCAAAUACCUGCAGAGCAAACGAUUGACCCCGAGGGAGUUUAACUCGUAUGGCGCUCGCAGAGGAAACGAUGCUGUGAUGACCAGAGGAACCUUCGCCAGCAUCAAGCUCCACAACCGCUUCAUCGGCAAACCAGGUCCAAAGACUCUCCACAUUCCUUCAGGCCAGACACUUGACGUCUUUGAAGCAGCCGAUCGCUACCAGAGGGACGGCACUCCUCUCAUCAUCCUGGCAGGCAAAGACUACGGUUCUGGGAACUCUAGGGACUGGGUUGCUAAAGGGCCGUACCUCCUGGGUGUCCGCGGCGUCAUCGCAGAGAGCUUCGAGAAGCUUCACAAGAACCAGCUGGUGGGCAUGGGCAUCAUGCCGCUCCAGUUCUUGUCUGGCCAAAAUGCCGACACGCUAGAGCUGAGCGGGAAGGAGCGGUUUAGCAUCAUCCUGCCGGAGAGGCUGAGUCUGAGGCAGCAGCUCACCGUCAGGACCAGCAAGGGAACGUCGUUCUGUGUCACAGCGCUGUUUGACUCCGAUGUGGACCUGAUCCUUUUCCAACAUGGAGGGCUUCUUCGGUACGUCGCUCAGACUGUGGUGAAAAACGGCUCGCAAGCCGCCGCCGAAUGAGCUCCAUGAAGAGCAGCCAUCUCUAAACCCCGCCCAGCUUCAACCUGAAGCAUCCUAUGAGUCAACACAAGAAUGUUUCUGCUCACAUG